CAUUUCAAUUUUAUCCAUGCACAUUGCACCCCUGCUCUUGCACUCGGCUAAAGCAAGGCGGUAUUACAAAUUUUCUGGGGAGACCGAGUUGGCCAGCGUGACCCUGUUAUCGUAGCCGAAAUUAUUAUCUUAACGACAACUCUUUCGACUUUUUACAUACUGCUAAAAUCAGACGUGCUUUCGCAGCAGCAGUGAAAUGAGCUCGUUGCCUUGAUGAGUUUGCGCUACUUUUACUGAAGUGCUUGUUUCAUAAUAUCGAAAAACCUUUCCUGAAAACUACACGUGUUUCGUGUAAUACCAAACAGCUAUGGAUUCUGGAGACGGCGAAAAGGUUGUUAAAGUGGGCUCCAGAAAGAGUCAGCUGGCCUUAAUUCAAACUAACAGUGUUAUAGACUCAUUGAAGCUAUUUCACCCAAACGCACGUUUUGAAAUAGUUGAAAUGAACACCACUGGAGACAAAAUUUUAGACAAGCCACUCCCAAAGAUUGGAGAGAAAAGUUUAUUUACGAAAGAACUGGAGGUCGCCUUGGAGGAGGGCUCUGUUGAUUUUGUUGUGCACUCCCUUAAAGAUUUACCAACGACACUACCAGACAAUUUAGCGAUUGGCGGAAUUUGCAAGCGCGAAAACGCGAGAGAUGCUGUUAUUAUUCAUCCAAAAUUGGAAGCUAAAAGUCUGUCUGAACUGGCUAAAAACAGCAUAGUUGGCACAAGUUCACUGAGACGGGUUGCCCAAGUGCGACAGUUGUACCCCGACUUGGAGGUGAAAAGCAUCAGAGGCAACCUGAACACGCGCCUCAGCAAGUUGACAAAUUCCGUUGUUGAUUCAAACAACAAAGAUGCAGAGAACCCUCUGCAAUACUCAGCCAUCAUGUUGGCCGUGGCAGGAAUUGAGAGGAUGGGCUGGGAAAAUAAAAUCAGCCAGAUACUGGAGCCCAGCGAAAUCAUGUACGCAGUUGGCCAGGGCGCUCUGGCCAUUGAGUGCAGGUCUGACGACCAGAAAACUGUUGACUUUUUGGCCCCCUUGCACGACCGCAGCACGGUGCUCAGGGUAGUUGCGGAAAGGAGCCUUUUGAAGAAACUUGGAGGGGGAUGCAGCGCUCCUGUGGCAGUGAAUUGCACCCUCGACGACAACGAUAAUUUGAGUCUAGAAGCGGGAGUGUGGAGUUUGGAUGGAAAGAAAAGUCUGAAAAAGAAGUUAAGCGCGGUGAUUGCCACUAAGGACGAGCCACCGAAGAAGAUGACCAAAAAGGAAGAUACCCUCUUUGCUGGUAUCUUAGCAGGAAAGCUAUUAAAAGACGAGCUAGAAAUGGCACAAGACUUGGGGAUCAAAGUCGCAGAAGAAUUGGUCGCUGAAGGAGCCUUGGAUAUCAUGGAGGAGGCGAGAGCCGAAAACGAGAAGCCAGAAGAGGUCAAAAAGUUCAAAGAGGAAAUUAAAAAUGGUGCUAGUGACAAGUUGGUUCAAGAGCAAAGAUAAUUCUGCUAUCACAACUGUAUAUUUUUAGAUCGCAGGGUACCAACUGCCUAUUGCAUCGGUGUUAACUAGAAUAACCUUUGGUGCCUGUUACUUAUAUUUUGUUAGUCUUUUUACAUAAAUUGUUAUGGCAGUUAUAA